UCUACUAAAUUGACUACUUCUACUUCUUGAGCGAGUAGUCGAUGAACAAAAGGACGGUGUUAGUGAAGGAGAGGAUACCGACAGCAGCAGCUUUAAGAGAAUGGGAGGACCCGCGCUGGCAGAAGCGACCCGCCGGUGGACAUUGGACAUAAGUACCUGGCCGACGAACCGGUACCAAUACUAGGCCCAGAGAGGGUAUACGGCAGGCUCAGAGGGCGACGGCAAGCAGCAGCAACAGCAUCAAUGUGUUCGAGUGUUGGGUGACGCGUGUAGUACGAUUAUAUGCAUCGGCGCCAGUAGCAACAGUGGCGACGCGCUGGUAGUUACGGCUGUGCCGAAUAGGCAAGCGUAUAGAUAGAGUAGGAGGCAGAGCGACAAAUAACUAGAGAUACGACCACCACUGUUAUUAGCACCAUAGAACAGAUUAGAGUUGAACUGGAGGACUCUGAAGAGGAUAAGGAAGAGACAACGGCGACAGCACGAGACUGAGCGCACCCCAGUUAGGCACAGCGCUGCGCGGUCUCUACGCGCUACAUUGGCUGACACCCGCGGAGUGCACAGAACUACAGUUGGAGAGUAACAGCCACAGGGAAUGAAAAAGAUGCAUAGAGAGAGAGACGGCCUGACUGAGGAGUAGUUCGACCGGCCAGAGCUUUGGCCUUUGGCCGUCGUCGUUGUCGUUGUCACCGUGUCUCCUUCCCGCGGCGGCAGCGGUAACGGCGACAGGCUGCAGGCGUCAUCGCCAGGACAGAGCGGAAGACUGGACAAGACCGAACUGAGCUGGACAGAUAAGUAGCGAUCGGCAGCAGAGACAGACAAGCACGGGUGGAUAGAGAAACUGUUGCUGCAUCGGCUAGCGACACAGCCAUUGCUUUCGCUACCGCUCUUACUAAGACAAAGUUCUCUCGUCCUGGUAGCAGCGGCGGCGGUGGCGACGGCGGCCCACCGUGCGCCAUAGCCGUGUUGGACCGUCGUCGCGUGACGACGGCAUGGUGGCGCCCACCAGAACUGAGGAAGAAGGGAAACCACUAACAAUCGUCUCUGUAGAAAUAUAGGCAGACAUUUAGGUUCACACGAAAAGGCACGCAGACACAUACGCCUGUACAAGCUGCGUGAACACGCGCGACUACCUAAGUACGAAUCCAGGUAGCCUUUGUCGUGUCAUCUGUUUAUUGUGGUACUCGUGCAACGAAGGUGGAGACGAUUUCGAACGAGUGCUGUGGAAUCGAAAAACGACAACCGUAUCUGAGAGACUCAGUGGUCCAGCACCUGUGCACCAAACCGAACCCGCAAGCAAUACCUUAACAGUCUGUUGAUCAACUUUAUUUUGUUUGAUUUGCCUAGGAACAGUAGGCGUGUAGCGCGAAAUUUGUAUUCUGCAAGAGGCGAUCUUUGAACUACUUCAAUCAAGGAAUCGGCUAUUUUGCGUAGUGACUAGCAUAUGGGCACACUUCAAUUAGAUCUAAAAAAACAUUGCGUGACACACAGAACCUGCGCCAUGUCGAACACAAUCUGACAGAAGCUGACCCUAUGGCGUAGUUCAUUAAUGCUUUCGAACGAGUGACGUAUAUGAACGUUCUCUUAGUGUUUAGCGUAGAUUCUUGAAGCUACCCCAUUCGGUUCAUUCGUGUCGUUGCUGAAAUAUUGUAUUUUCAUAGAGGCUCUGAUAAAUCUGUGACAUUGUGUGUGGUGGCAUGGAAGACAAGGUGCUACCACAAUAGCCGAAUGGAUAAUGUGCGCCAAAUAUCGUCGUCUACUUUUGUUUUUGGUUACUACUAUACCUAUAGCCAUCAUUGUCGUUACCUCAGUGUCGGGAAAUUGUCACCUCGAUCGCAACUGUCUCUUAGGCAAAAACGACCGUCUGGCAUAAUUCCAGUAUGCUGUUCAUUCCUUGGAGGCUAGACCCCUCUCACGAGUGCCGCUGGACGUCGUCGUGGUGCUGGCUUGUCCUUGCGCUGGCUGCGACUGCAGAAGUGACUAUCGCACACCGAUUCACGCCGAUGACAAGUGAAGAACGGGAAGAUGAAACCAAUACGACGUUCGCAAUGGGCGACAUACGCCUACUUCUUGGUGAAUGUCCAUCAACCGACCAGCAUCUUUUGUUGAAUCCAGCAAACAAAGCUAUGUUAGCUCCGUUUGUGUUCUAUGGCCGUCUUAUUGGCAAGUGGCAGGAUGAAAGCCGUAAUCUACUCAUCAAGUUACGUGUACAGAAAGUCCUCAAAGAAGGAUACUCAACUAGCGUACUAGAAAAGGCGCGAAAUCUCACAAACAUGACAGCAGUGCACUUUCGACAAAAAUUUUUAUUUUAUAGUGCAGCACAGAUGCAGCUUGAGGCUCAUAGUGACGUUGUGGUGGCAUUUUUGCGAGACGACCGUUCGCCUACGCAACGAAGACGCCGACCUAGCCCUUGUCCAAUAACGUUGGAGGGCAAGCCGACCGCAUGGUUGGUCACUAAUGGGCGUUAUCUUGUUUACGCCGCCCCCCUUCUGGGACCAUGGGCAACACGACUGCCCCGAGCGAAUUUUUCCGCCGUUGCUCUGCCAGACCCGUUCAGCCGUCGCGCUAAUCGGACAAUCCACAAAGCUCUGUGUACUAAAUGCGCAGCCCUCAAGGCCGCAUCAGUACGCUUUGGGCGUCACCAAGUUACUCUUAAGCCCUUUCAACCACUUCGACUGCGGUGUAUUUUGCGCGGAAAUCCGUUGCCCUACGUGUAUUGGACGAAGGACGGCGUACCCCUACAGACCAACAUGUCUUCAGGACGCUUCCUGAUUCGUCACAAGCGACGACGGUCACGCCUUAACUUAAGUUCGGUGCGAACUACCGAUUCUGGUGAGUACCGAUGUACGGCUUCAAAUGUCAUUUCCAGACACCCGGCAAGCGCAUCCGUCCACGUCACAGUUCGUGACAUUGUCUUCGAAAACCGUCGUUCUCCCUGGGACAGACCCAGGUCGGAAUAUCACGAACAAGCAACAAAUGAUUCGACUCAUACAACACUCCCGUGCCCUUUGUCAUCAUAUUGUCUCAACGGGGCGACUUGCAUCCUUCUUGAAAUGAUCAGCGAGCCCUACUGCGUGUGUCCCGAUGGCUUCCAUGGCCUGCGCUGCGAAAAUAAAUUGGUACUGGUACAUCUCGGAAGACCUUCCCUCGACAACGCUAACAACCCCCAGUCGAUUGGGUCCCCCGGUAUGUUGUGGCCAGCCGAAGAAUACCAAGUAAGAUCUCUGAAGGACCACCCACUCUGGAGGCGAUUAGAACAGCAUAGCCGGUCAGCUGGGUUACAGCGUCGACAAUGAUUAUGAUGAUUUUAGUAUUAUUAUAGUUAAAAUGUUUAUUGAAGUUUCGAAGACAUCGAAAUGGAAAUGUUGCCAGAGACAAACGACGAUCUUCCUCAGCGAAAGGAAGUUAACGAUAAAUCUACUCUAAUAGCGUGGAUACAUAUACAUACCGAGUAGACAGACCGUCAGCGGUAUUUUUUUCGCAAUAGUAUCAACAAUAUUUCAACAAGUAUUAUUAUGGAAGGAUAUAUACAGACAAGAUAAUAGAAAUGGGAACUAUUAUAGCUACUGUUUGACCUUGUGCAGUCAAAUCCUCAGAGACCCUUGGAGCCUUCUCUUUCUCAGUAAUCGUAAGGACGCCGAAUUUCAUGUGGCCGAGGUUAAGCGUUCACGAGCUGCGUCAGUCGACGAAUUGAUCAUAUGGACUAGCACUCACGUUAUCUCUUUAUUUUAGUAAACACGGUGAAUCCAAGGCCCUUUCAUUAAAAUCUCUAUGAAGAAUACCCAGAAACGAAAAUGAUCACCGCCUUGAUUUGCCGUCGUGAAUUCAUACAUCCAGUCCGACAACCCCGACACUAAUUAUCCAUUUUAUGCCCUCGCCUAAAUAAGAGAUAAAAUGUUUUUUCCAUUCUGUUCAUUUGUGUUUGGGGAGUACUGGGACGAGUGGGUACCGUCAAAGAAGUGAGCAAACGCCUAUAUAGAUAUGUAUGAAACACAAACACCAUUA